AUGGGAAAUUGUUGCAGUGGAGGACCAGGUGGAUAGAACGCUGAAGAAGUAGAUUUAAACCGCAAUUAGCCAGCUACCCCUGCUGAAAAGAUAUUUGAAGAAAACGAAGGUGGUGAUGAUACAACUGCCCUACCAGAAAACAAAAAUAAAAAUCAUGUUGUCCAUAAUGCAAAUUCUAGUUAAACUGAAAUUAAAUAAAAGCCUAGCUCUGAUGCUCAAUUAGAUGCUAAAUCUGAAAAGGAAAAUUUUGAUGAUAACACCUAGCAAUAAUAAACAUCGAAUGCACAUUAGUGGGAUUUAAAAAAUGUUACUGAUAAGGAAUAAGUUAAGCUGAUUGAACUUCACUCUCCUAGCUAAGCAACUGCAAGACGUAUAUAAGAAGUUCCUUAAUACGAAAACUCUUCAACAAAAAAAACUUACGAAAGAUAAGGACCAUUUAUUUACGAUAAAGAUUAGGAUGAAGAUAAGAAUUUGCCAUUCCUAGGUCCAUUUGAAUUUGAAAAUGCAGCUGUUUACAUUGGGUAAUGGAAGAAUGGAUAAAGACACGGAAGAGGUAAGUAAUAUUGGAACGACGGUUCAUUCUAUGAAGGCUAUUGGAGAGAUAAUAUGGCUAAUGGAAAAGGAAGACUUAUUCAUGCAGAUGGUGACGUCUACGAAGGAGAAUGGAAAGAUGAUAAAGCUCAUGGAAAAGGUUUUUACAACCAUACUGAUGGUGCCCGUUAUGAUGGUUCAUGGUAUGAAGAUAAACAACAUGGAUAUGGUGUUGAAACAUGGCCAGAUGGAGCUAAAUAUGCUGGUGAAUAUGAAAUGGGUAAGAAGCACGGAAAGGGUAAAUUUAACUGGGCUGAUGGUUCAACAUAUGAAGGCUAAUUCUGGAACAAUAAUAUUCAUGGACAUGGUACUUAUGAAUGGGCUGAUGGAAGAAAAUUCGUAGGCGAAUGGAAAAAUAAUAAAAUGGAUGGUAACGGAGAAUUUUAAUGGGCAGAUGGAAGAAAAUAUACAGGCUAAUACUUAGAAGAUAAGAAACAUGGCUAUGGUGUUUUUGAAUGGCCAGAUGGUAGAAAAUAUUAAGGAAAUUGGGAAAAUGGUAAAUAACAUGGUAAAGGUAUUUAUAUUGGAUCUAAUGGAUAAGAAAGAGAAGGUGAAUGGUAAGAAGGAAAAAGAGUUAAAUGGAUCAAAAAAUAAGGAGAUGAAUAGUGA